UAGAGAGGGUCUGUACGGGUCCAUUGAGACGCUUCCAAGUGUGCAAAAUCCCCCGGAGGGCCACUCAAGGUCAGCGGAGGUCACAUUCCACAGCAAAGGAACAAGGCGAGAGGAGGGAGCACAAAAGGAGAGAAGCACCGGGAAGGACGGACCAAACCGGUGGGAACGGUCACCAUGGAGAGCGCCAUAAGCAGGGCGGCCAGUCACCAGAUUGCCAUGGGAGAUGGAGGCAUGACGUCGGUCAAGGUGACGCCGCACGACUACAUGAUGUCCUUGUACCAGAUGGGAUCCUCUGAAUCGGCGCGACGUAACUUCAGCAUGGACGCCGACACCGUCACCAGCUUUGUGGACUCUGCUCGAGACGAGCUUGGGUCGGUCCUGUGGUACCAGCGGUAUCAGUUCCAAAUCUCGUCUCUGGACCAGGAUGGACUUGUGGGAGCAGAACUUCGAAUCUUGAGGAAACGCUCAGCCCGACAAGUGGCAGCAGGCGAGGCUUGCUGGUUGAACCUCUACAGCUGCGGGUCGGGCCCACAGAAGGUGGUUCUGAUCCAGACCCUGGCGGCAGCCGCACUGGAACCCCCCAAAGGAAAGUGGGAGGUCUUUGAUGUCUACCGUGCCGUCAAGGCCCUUAAGAAACCCAGUCAACAGAACCAGAACCAACUCAAGCAACACAACCAACAGAAACGACCCAACCAAAAACAACACAGCCAGCAGAACCAAUACAGCCAAAACAACCACCAGAACCAGAAACACCACGUCCAGGAGCAAGAGAAACCGCACCCCAAGUCCGAGCCGGAGAAAGAGUUGUCGCUGUGUUUCCAUCUGGAGGCGGUGGAGAGUGGAGGGGGCGGGGCUGCUGACCUCCUGGGUCUGGGCUUUGGCAGGGCCGGGCGGGCCCAGAAGGAGAAAGCCUUCCUGCUGGCCUACAGCCGCAGCGAUCGGGGGCCGGACGCGCUGGCUGACGUGUUCUACAAGGAAAUCCGGGCCCGCUCGGGACACGCCCGCAAGAGCAUCUACGAGUAUCUCAGGUCACAACGACGGUUGCGAAGAGCCCCACAUGCUCGGCCUCACAGCCCACCACUGCACUGCCGGCGCGUCCGCCUGCACGUGGACUUCCGGGCCCUGGGUUGGGACGACUGGAUUAUCGCUCCGCUGGACUACCAGGCCUUCCGCUGCGGCGGGUCCUGCGACUUCCCCUUGCGUUCGCACCUGCAGCCCACAAACCACGCCGUGGUCCAGACACUGCUCCAUACUAUGGCUCCGCCCACAGCCCCGCCCGCCUGCUGUGUGCCCACGCGUCUUAGCGCCAUCAGCGUCUUGUAUGUGGACGCGGACGACAAUGUGGUCUACAGGCAGUACCGUAACAUGGUAGUGGACGCUUGCGGCUGCAGGUAGAACGUUUGAGCGCCUUGAGCUACGACUGACUUUCCAAAUACACACCAUGGAUCUGACCUUUUUCUUUUUCUUGCCUUGACUUGAGAGCCGCGAUACUCAUGUUAGUAUGUGUGUGUGUUUGUGGCCAUCUUACACAUUUC